AUGCCCAAGACGACAACCAAAGCGCAGACAAGCGUUCAGAUACAGCAGGCUGCUGAUAAUGGUUUUUCAAAAAUAUCACCAGUGAUAGUCGACCAUCAAAAGCCGUCAUCUUUUCAACUUAAUGGUUUCAAUUACCAGUAUUCGGAAGACGUUCUCAGUGUGGAAGAAGCAGUAACUUGUUCCCAGUCAGAUUCCACUUACAAUUUGACAAUUGUGCGGAACUUCCUCGAGGAGCUUAUAAGCAGAGUGCAGAGCUCACUGAAUAAGACUGUGGUGAGUUGGGAAUCUGUUCAACAACGUUUCUAUGAAAUGAUGACUGGCGACGACUGUCCGGAUAUUGACUUACUUGGUCGAUACCAACUUCAAAUGUACUUUUUCCAGUAUGCACUUGAUGAAAAGGUGCUGGAGGAGUGGACAGGCAAGAAGACUGUCGUCGAAAUCUUUGCUUUGCCAGAAUUCGAGGGACUCGAAUGUUUCAGAGAGGCGUGCCCUCCACAUAAUCUCCUUGUCAUGGUUGACCGAGCGAAGUUGAAAGCGGAGACAAAUUCAAUUGCUGUUGGCACUGAAGAUACUAGUAUCCCGUCGUCGAAUGUAGUGGACCCAUUUGAGCUUUUGGAGUCGACUAGUUGUACAGAAGAGCUCCUCAUUCCUAUCCCUUUACAUUCCACUCUCUCAACAAACAAUUGCUCGACGGACAAAAAUGGAUUGCUACCAAAGUCCAAUUCCUCAAGUGAUCUUGCAGACGAUCAUUCCGGACAAUCUCCAGAGAAUAUUAACCCUGAGAUGAGUCCUCUAGGUAUGCAUGUUAUCGAUGCUACGACAUUUGUGAUAUUUUACAGGGUACGUGAUUUGGACCUACUUUCAUCUUCAAAUGGACAUGCUGGUCAAGAUACUAUUGAUGCACAGCUCAAUAAUUCCGCGAGCACGGAACAGAGCGUUGAGAUUUCGGAUUCAAUGCCAUUCCCAAGACUUCGGCUGUUGCCCCAGAACCUUCCGAUCUCCCAGAUCCGAGCCGUAUGUUCACGGAAUUGUGUUACAAUGGAUUCCUACCGCUUGUCAAAUCAGAAGCGAAUCCACUCGACUACUUCUGACGCAUCGGAAUUUGGUAGCUGCAUGAACUCGACGAAGGAACACCCUAACACGAAGGGAUCCUCAACGAGCGUUGAUGGCGAUGAUGCAAAAAAUCCUUCACCGAGUGGCAAUUACCAAGACAUUCUAACGGUUGAAACAUCGCGAGAGCCUGCCGAGCAAGUUUCGUCUACGGUAAAGGAAGGAAUCCUGGUAAAUUCCUCGUCUUCGGAAUUCACUAAUUCUAAGGACACAGAGCCACAAAUUGCUCAGAGCGAACCGGACCCCACACUAAAGCUGCUGCAGCAAGCAGGAAUUUUCCCACGCGAAAUGGUACCUGGAAUGUCAGAAGAAAAUGGAGCAGAACCUACGUGGGGUUCUGCUAAUCCUUCUUCUUCGUUUGAAUCAACUCCAACUUGCUUCCGUGUGUCUCAAGUAGACGCUUCCUUGGAACCACAACCGCCGCAGGCACAAUUAAAUACUGUAGGCGCGCCGCAAGAUCCUCAGGCAAACGAGAUUAACUCGAAGAUGGCACGAAGUGUACUGGAUGGUCUCGAGUUUCCGGACAUCAACGGGGAUGUCAUUAAUUAUCUUACUUUCAUUCGCAAGCAGGUUUUGGAUUACCAUGAACGUCAAGGAAUAAUUGCCAGG